AUGUUCGCCACCGGGACAUGUCAACCGGUGCACAGCCAGCCAGCCAGCCAGCAUAGUUAACCGCCGACGCCAUCGGUCCUCCUGGGCCACGCCAAGUCUGCCGCGCCGGCCGGCCGUCCCAACCCCAACCGUCCCAGCCCCGGACCCGGAGACUCCGAGGUCGAGGCCGAGGCAGAGAAAACCAAGGCAACGCGCGCGUGCGCCCCACGACGCCACCACACCACAGGGAAGUCCACACGGCCUCGCGUCCCGUCCCGUCCCGUCCCCGGCCGCCCUCCCCACCACAAAGUCAAAAACGAUCCGGCCCCUGGAGAGCCUACGCCACGCGCACGUCUCGUCUCAUUUUUCUUCCCAUCCCACGCGUGCACCGCGCGGCGCGCAGGAGGUGGCCGAUCGACGUGACGAGACCGCCAGGCUGCGGCCGCGAGCGCGCCCGCACGCCCGUACGACGGCCGACCGAUCAUGCCGUGCGACUCGGGCCCAGGCGCGGCGGACCUCUGGGCGAUGGCCGCCGAGCUUGAGCGCCAGUUCGCCGGGUACAAGCAGCGCCUGGCCGAGCGGACGACGACGACUGGAGCCACCACCACCGCGCGCGAGCAUGCCGUCGACGACGAAGGUGGCUGGGACGGCGCCGAGGAGGAGGAGGAUGAGGCGGGAGUGGAUGGCCGCUGCGGCGGCGGCGACGUGAGGGGCAGGAUGUACGAGGCGUACGUGCGGCGGAGGGACGAGCGGCUACGCGACGGGUGGCAUGCGCGCAUGGAGCGCAAGGAGGCCGAGGUCAAGGCGCUCUGGGCGAAGCUCGAGCUCAGCGCCGGCCGCGGCGGAGGCGGUGCGGAGAGGGCGGCGCCCGCCGGCGGUGACACGACGACGACGACGACGACCGCGACGGACGGAGAUGAUGAGAGGAAAACUGAGCGGGACGACGACGACAGGAGGAGGAGCUCAUCCGAUGCGGCUCUUGCUCCGAGGAGGAUCACCGGCAAGAAGCACGCGCGGACCAGGAGCUUCUCGUCGUCCAUCACCACGAGCAGGAACCGCGCCGACGUCGGGAGGCGGCGGUCGCUGUCGCAAGAACCGCCGCCGUCAGAGCCGGACGCCUCCAGCGAGGAAGCCAAGAAGAAAAGCCCCGGCGGUGCGGCGGCAACGACCACAGCCACGACGAGACCCAGGACAUCUCUGCGCCGCAGGAACUCCUCCACGAAAGGGCACGGGUCCGCGAAGCAGGCGGCGUCGGGGCCGAAGCUCCCGCGGUCUCUGCCCCGACGGCCUAGCUCUAGCUCCGGCGGACCAGAGGAUCUCGGUAGGGGUGCAGAGCCGGCGGUGGUUCAGCCGAGCGCUGAUGCGGUUGCGCCGCCUGUGCCGAGCCAUUCGGCCGAGUAUGCUGCACCUAGCGGAACUCCUAGGGAUUCUCCGCCGAGGAUGUCGUUUGCCGGGAGGGACGACGACAGUGGCGUCGGUACUGGUGCGGCGAACGCGCGAGCCACCUCGCCGGAGCCAGAUCGCAGUUCGGUGGACGAAGCUGUGCCACACGGCGAACCUGAGGCGAAGAACGCUGGUGUCGAGGGACACGACGAAGAGAAAGUCGACGCCGACGGGGAGGUCACUAGUGACUCGGAACCGGAACCGAGCUAUGUCUACAUCAACAAGGACGCCGCCGAGGAGCAAGCCAUGGCGGCGCUCCCUGAACCUUCGAAACUGGCCAGUUCAGAUGCCGCCCUAGAUUCUGACGUGAAGGCAAGCGAGCAGACGCCGGCGGCACCAGCACCAGCCGAAGCCACCGCGGCUGCAGCAGAGAUCGCGACGACGAACGCCGAAGAAGCACCGGCCAGGGAGAGCUCCGACGAGUCCACUCUGUCCGUCAGGUCGUCAGGGCCGAGCGCGCGGCCGUCGUGCAGUUCGCGGGACCAGUCCAUCGAGAGGUUGCUAGAGGCGGACGCCGUCCUCGUGCGGAAGAAGCGCGAGGAACGCGCCGAGAAGAGGGCAGCGCCGGCACCGAGGACGCCGCCGGGCAGCGCGGGCAGCAGGUUCUCCGGCACGGCGCGGUCACCGAGAGAGACGACGGUGAGGGGGUUCAAGAGGUUUCUGAGCUUCGGGAAGAAGCAUAAAGGGAGGGAGGCCACUGUCAUCGACUGCACGUCGCCGUCCGUGCCCUCGCCGGCCGACGACGACAGCGGCAGCGCCAGCGGUAGGUGGCAGCCCGCUGGUGGGUGCAUCAAGCCCAGGAUGGGGUCCUCAGAUGCUACCUCUGAUGAUACGGACCAUGGCUAUCCGCAAUCUCCACAAGCAGCUUGCUCUCUGCAAAGCCUUGUAGCUGCCUCUCCUGCAAAGUCUGAACUAGCUGAGAUAGUUCCACAAGAGAAAUCACCAAAAGUUCAUCGAUCGUUCUUCUCGUUCCGGUCACUCAACUGCGGUAGGGGCUGACCCUAGCUAAUCCGUUGCCUUGGAAAUGCAGUUUAUUGUAAAUUUUAGAGAAGAGGAAGUUUGUGCUUCAUGUGUUUUUUGCCUUCUGUCCGAUGUCUGUAUGUAUGAUUUGUGUAAUCUGCCAUCUGGCCUGGCGUAUACAUUAACAGUAGGUUUACUGUCUCUGUAUAUUAUAGAUCUAUAUCGUGCAUGAAGUGUUUACUUUCUUCAGUUUA